AUUAUCCAUAGCAAUAGCGCUGCUCAACGGACCGGAUCGCAACGUACGGAAAGUGUGUGCGCAAUGCAUCGGGUGUUUAACGCUGUGAUGGCCACCGAAGGCGAAUUUGGGCAAAUAGGGAGGGCAUUACAGGCCGUCCUCCAGCGGACGGAGGCGGCAUGGCAGUCCAGAAAUGAGAGAAUAUCCCAAGAAUCGCCAAACCUGAGGCUUGUUGCCGUCACCAAGACGAAACCCAAGGAGAUGGUCUUGGAGGCCUACAAACAUGGCCAGAAAAACUUUGGCGAGAAUUAUGUGCAAGAAUUGGUUGAGAAGUCCCAUGAUGCAGAGAUUCUGAAGGCCUGCAGAGAAAUCAGGUGGCACUUCAUAGGCCACCUGCAGACCAAUAAGGUCAAGAAGGUCCUUGAGGCACCCAACCUGUACAUGGUGGAAACCGUGGAUUCUGUGAAGCUGGCCAAUGAACUGAACAAGACAUGGGAGAAAUUGGCCAAGGGUUGGAGGUUAAAGGUCAUGGUGCAGAUCAACACGAGCGGCGAAGAGCAAAAGCACGGUGUCCCGCCAUCACAGUGCUGCGAUCUGUACGACCAUGUCCGACAGAAAUGUGGUGCCCUCGAUGUCGUAGGCAUCAUGACGAUAGGUGCUUUUGACCACGACCUCAGCAAGGGCCCAAAUCCUGAUUUUCAGACCCUCAUCAAGUGCCGAGAAGAUAUCUGCAGCAAGUUUGGUCUGCCCAAGGAGUCCAUCGAGCUGAGCAUGGGAAUGUCUAAUGACUUUGAGCACGCGAUUGAAGUUGGGAGUACCAACAUCAGAGUGGGCAGCACCAUAUUCGGAGCUCGGAACUACAAACCCAAGGUGGAGACGGCCCAACAAAAUCCUGCAGAGAAGCCGUCCGAAACGCAGAUGCCGGACACACAACUGGGACACAGCAGUCACCAAGAUCACGUCACUGGUGUGGCCAACCUUGCCCUUUAAUGGCAAAAGAAUGGAGACAUUUGGAGAAGAAAAAAUGUUUUCUUUCCCAAGAUUCCAUCUGAAGUUGGUACUACGCAUCAAGACGGCAGUGGGGUUUUUUUGAGCGCUCUUACCAUAUAUGGGGAUGCAAAUGGACACUGCCAUCCCCUUGGAUUUGUAAGGCUCAUCAUCAAGAAUUACCACUUUCUCUUUGCCACAAACUACUCUCUGUUUGAGAGGGGGGGUUUGCCAAGCAACAGAGCCGUAUUUGGAGAUGUUAACAAGCACACUGGCUCUGGGAGUGGACAAAAGUCUUCCACGUGCCAAGUCUUCAAAUACUCAACUCUGAAUAAAAUGUAAAAGGCACCCAAGGUGUCGAUAUCUUCUUAUGAGCACAAAGAGAUGCAAUCUGUUCAGCUCUCCUGAGCUGGCAAGUGGUAUGAGCAGGUAACAUGCUCCCUGUGCUAAUGGAGUGUCGUAGAGGUAAUGGUAUGUAACAUAAGGAAAUUUGUGUCUUGAAGGAAGGCUAUUGGCAGAAAUGUCUGAGUCCUUAAUGAGAGACUCUUUUAAGAGUGAGUUCAAAACCCUUCAGAAACCCAGACUGUACAAAAAUAAAAGCCAAAUGUUUCCUUUAUGACGCCAAGCAAGUUUCUUGCCUCACUUUUCAGUCGGUUGCUAUUCAGUUUGUUAAACGAGAUCAAUACCAACAUACACCUGUAUUCAAAGUAAAUUUUACAAAUUUACUUGUGGUCCAUCAGUAAUGUUUCGACAUUUUGGGGGGUCAUUUAGGCCAGUAUUUAAUUUUAUUUAGCAGAUAAUGAACAGUAUGAAAAUCAGGUGGGUUGGAGAGCGAAAUGAAAUUUCAGGGUCAGAGAUUGAAAGCAAAAAUUAUGGUGUAUACAAUACUUGUACCCUGGUACUUCUAGAAUGAGACAAUGACAGGUGGUGCUCAUUGCUUUCUGUUUACAGUUCACUUGAAAUACUCGGGAGACAAAAUUUUCAAAUUGAUGUUAAGGCAUUCAUACGUCAGCAAAUUGAAAAAAACAUGCUGGCCUUAUCUUUGUCAGAGGGGUGCUCUGAAACACAAACCAAAGAGGUAACUGGCAAAGAGGCUUGAAUUUGAGUGGACAUUUAAUUGGUACCAAAUUGGAUUGCCAUUCGAAGUUUCUCUCUUCAAUUGUGAACCAAAUGCCUCAGAGUUUCCAACCCAUUCUGGAAGUAGCAUUACAACUAGACCAUUGGACAUUUUCUAUCAUUUUCAUGUUCAGGGAAAUUGUAUCAGACAGUAAACCGUUAAUUCGCGAACAUUUCUUCGGCAAGUCCUGUUUCUCCAUCUAGUAAUACUAACAUUGUAGGCUAAAUACAUGUAGACGCUAAUAUUAUAUUGAAGUAAAUGAAGACAUUUCUGCACUCGACAGCUCAUGCUACCUGGAUGCGAGGCAGAUGAAAAGCUGAUCUGAUGAAAAGCGCUCUUUGUAGAUUUUCUGCAAAUGCUGGAGCCCAAGUUUCCCAAAUUUGCCCAACUCUAGCUCAGCCCAAUUAUGGUAGCAUUUUGAACUAUUCGGGCAAGCGUGGCCCAGCCUGUUACUUCCCUCACACAUAAGGCUCGACAUCUUCAUUAUUUGUGUGCAAAGAUUCUGUCGUCAACCGUCUGCAUGGCCGAGUAUUUUGGACGCUGCAAAAAUGCUCUUUGACCAUGUGACCUGAGCCAAGAUGAUGUAUUCAUGUUUCUGGCAUGCUUUGACACUGUAUAUAUACCAGUUUUCGUUGCCGUGACAGACACGGGUUUUUUUUAGGAUUAGCUGAUUUUUCUCAAUUUCUCCAAGCUUCACACCUGCCAGUACAAUAAUAACAGUACCAAGGUCUUGUGCAAUUAAAAAUUUUCUUUUUUUAAUUUUUUUGAGAUGCUCAGUUGUAUGUGUCUGGAAAGAGAUGAAGAGAUUUCAUUGGUUACGUCCAAAAUAUUGAGCUGAAAGCUCAACAAGGCCUUUUGUGUUUAUCGGAAUGAGAUUUGAAUUGAGGGGACAAAUUAAAGGAACUGGUCCAUUUGACGCCAGAAACAAUUUAAAAACACUUUAAUCUUCAUACGCACCGUAAAUUUUAUCAGAUAUUGUACCUGAAUGAAGGGAAACUAAGUUUAAGCAAUGACACAAAAUUCAUUUGUGGUGUGAGCUAAAACGUGUUUUCCAAAAGAUCAAAGGUACAGCUCCUACCUUUUCUUUUGCUGAAAAUUAACCUUUUUUUUAUUUGUUUACAGUUGUAAAUAAACUUUCAAGUGUUAAACAUUUGUAAAAAAAAUAACUAUGUAUAUGCAUAUUAAUUAUAAAAGAAUGGUUAAUAAAAGGUAUGUUUCAACAUAACAAUGAA